AUGAUCGUCCCCCAAACCGAAUCCAUUGCUGAGGUUUAUGCGACCGACGAGGUCUCUGCCACCUCCGUCGCCCCCCAACACCAGAAGCGCUUCAAUCAUUUGAUCUCUCAAUUUUACAAGCUCUACUCCCACCGUCCAGAUUUUGUUGCCCGCAGUCCUGGUCGUGUGAACAUCAUCGGAGAGCAUAUCGACUACAACCUAUAUGACGUCCUCCCCACCGCUGUGAGCGUCGACGUAAUUAUCGCCGUCAAGGUGGGCGUCCCCUCGACCGGCUCGGAAUCCGUCGUGAAGAUUUCCAAUGUCAAUCCGGAAAAGUUCCCCACGCGCGAGUUUACUAUACCCAAGGACUCCGAGAUCGAAAUCGACCCCAAGAAGCACGAGUGGGUGAACUACUUCAAGGCGGGAUUGUUGGGGGCAUUGAAGUUCCUGCGUAAGACCAAGGCAGAUGGCUCCUUUGUCCCCGCGAGUAUGGAGGUGCUGUUGGAUGGAAACGUGCCCCCUGGUGGUGGAAUUUCUAGCAGUGCAGCCUUUGUCUGCGCCAGUACAUUGGCGGUCCUGAAGGCCAACAACCACAAUGUCUCCAAGCAGGACUUGCUUGACCUAGCGGUUGUCUCUGAGCGCGCAGUGGGCGUGUAUUCAGGAGGUAUGGACCAAGCGGCCUCCAUCUUCUCCCGCCGAGGAUACCUCCUCUACACUCAAUUCUUCCCCAACUUUGAAGUCCAGCACGUCCCCGUCCCCAAAGCCGAAGAGGAACUUACUUUCCUGAUGGCACAAAGCUUCGUCACCUCCAACAAAGCCGAAACCGCCCCGCGCCACUACAACCUCCGCGUCGCCGAAUGCACCCUCGCCUCCGUCGUCCUCGCCGCCCAGAACGGCCUCAGACUCCCCAAGGACAGCAGCUCUCUGGGCUACAGCCUCCGCACCUUCCACAACGAGCUCAUGCGCAAGGAAGGCCGUCUCGGCGACCCCCUCGAGUACCAAAUCGACUCCGUCAUCCAGGCUACCCUGGAAACCCUCACCCAGGAACAGGGCUACACGAGGGAAGAGAUGGCCCAGCUGAUAGGCAUCACCACCCCCGAGCUUGAAGCGAAAUACCUCUCCUCGUUCCCCGUACAGGCGGAGCGCUUUCUCCUCCGCCAGCGCGCGCUGCACUGUUUCACCGAGGCCCGCCGCGUGCUAGACUUCAAGGCCUGUCUGGCCAAGGCGCAUGUCCUGGAUGACAGACGCAUCCGAUAUCUCGGUCAAUUGCUGAACGAGUCCCAGGCUUCCUGCCGCGAUGCAUAUGAUUGCAGUGCCCCGCAGGUCGAUGAGAUCUGUGAUAUUGCGCGUCGUGCCGGGACAUGGGGGAGUCGGUUGACCGGUGCGGGAUGGGGCGGUUGUACCGUUCACAUGCUACCGCAGUCCAAGGUUGAGGCCGUCACGAAGGCCCUGACAGAAGAGUACUAUUUGAAGUACUUUCCUGAUAUUAGUGAGGAGAAGCUAGCGCAGGCGAUGGUUAUCAGUAAGCCUUCUAACGGGUCAUUUCUGGUUACGGGAGCCGCCAUUUCUCAAGUCGAGAUCUGA